GGCGGUCACAGUAUCUUUGGCAACAGCGGAGGGAUGGCUCAGUCAAGACACCCGCCAAGUGUCCCACCCUUAAACCAGUCCCCAGGGAUAAGAGCGCAAGUGCCUCAUCAGUUCCUGUCACCUCAGGUGCCAGGCUCCGUGCUAAAGCAGAUGCCGCCUCCCACCGGCAGUGUGGGGGGUGUUGGCGGCGUGGGAGGAGUGGGGGGGGUCGGGGGAGGUGUGUUCCCUCCACAGCUGUCCCCCCAGCAUAUUGCCAUGCUCAGCAGCAUCUACCCUCCGCACAUCCAGUUCCAGCUGGCCUGUCAGCUCCUCCUCCAGCAGCAGCAGCAGCCUCAACAGCAGCAACAGCAGCUGCUGCAGAACCAGAGGAAGUUCCCACCAAAUGUGCGGCAGCAGGCUGACCCUCAACAGCUGGCCCGGAUCAUGGCGGUGUUGCAGCAGCAGAGGCAGCAGCAGCAGGCCGGAGGUUUAGGCAGCAGCUCCAAACUCUCCCCGUCCCAUCACGGUGGGGUUGGCGGUCCCAAACUGCCCGGGGCCGACUCCCUGCCCCAUCCUGGCCUCGCUGCAUCCGUGGCUGACCUGCACCAGAAAAACCUCGGCCCUUAUUCCGGGUUUGGUUCUGGGGUGAACCUCCCGGGUCUGGACAUGGGCGGCUCCUCUGUGGGGGGUCCGGGGGGCAUGAAGGACCUCGGGAUCCAGCAGUCACGCUUCAAAUGGAUGAUGGAGGGCCACUCGUCCCCGGACACCUCCUCCCCUGAGAACGCAUUCCACAAAAACGGUCCCGUCACUCCUAUGAAGAUGCCGGGGGGCUCUCCUUACUCUCAGUACGAUAUGAUGGUUGGAGAUGGGCUGGGAGACAACUGGCAUCGCACCCCUGGCAACAAGAUGGGCCCAAAGCCCCCCCCCACGCCCAGCUGGCCCCCUGAGUUUCAGCCGGGUGUUCCCUGGAAAGGGAUCGACCGGGUCGACCCUGACUCUGACCCCUACAUGACCCCAGGGAGCAUGAUGGGAAAUGCAGUGUCCCCCAACCUCAAUGAUAGUGAGCACCAGUUGUUACAAGACAAUACUGAUUCCACCCCUCCCCUCAACACCUUGCUGCCUUCACCUGGUGCCUGGCCCUACAGUGCCUCAGACAGUCCCCUCAACAACGCACACAACUCAGCAGCAAAGUACACAGACUACAAGACCAGCUGGCCCCCAGAGCCCAUCGGACACAAGUCCUGGAAAGCUAACCGUGGCAGCAGCCAGAUGUCCCAGAUGUCCCAGAUGUCCCGCAUACCUCCAGGCCUCGCCAGCCAAAAGCAGCCAUCGCCUUCCCCCUGGUCCGGAGGAGCUCCUCGCCUGGCGGGCCGCGGCUGGGGCGGCAGCUCGAGUUCCACUGCCUCGACCUGGAGUGACGGCAGCUCCCGUGAAAGCUGCUGGUUGGUGCUCAGCAACCUCACACCGCAGAUUGACGGCUCCACUCUGCGGACCAUCUGCAUGCAGCACGGCCCUCUGCUGACCUUUCACCUCGGCCUGACGCAGGGCACCGCUCUGAUUCGCUACGGCUCCAAACAGGAGGCGGCCAAGGCACAGAGCGCACUCCACAUGUGUGUUCUGGGUAACACCACCAUCUUGGCGGAGUUUGUGAGCGAGGAGGACGUGGCUCGCUACAUUGCACAUUCCCAGGCAGGAGGAGGAGGAGGAAACCCCGCCAACUCUUCAGGCUCCGGGCCCACAUCCUCCUCCUCCUCGGCUGUGGGGGCCAACGGUAACGGAGGAAGCUGCGAUAGAAGUGGAGGAGAAGGAGGAACAGCAGGAAAUGGAGGCGGGGCUUCCAGCUCCGGGUGGCAGAGUCUGGACAGCACAGGCAGCUCUUCGGACCAGACCUCCACCCAGGGGCCCGGCUUGGGGGUCUACUCCCAGUGGAGCAGCAAUGGGACCGUGGUGGGGGGGGCUGGAGGCGUGGAGGCCGGGCGGCAGGGUCUGUGGGGGGGGAUGAGCGGGCCGGGGUACCCCAGCACCAGUCUCUGGGGGACCCCCGCCCUGGAGGAUCGGCACCAGAUGGGCAGCCCCGCCUCCCUGCUGCCGGGGGACCUGCUGGGAGGGGGGGCCGACUGACACAUUUUAAAGUUGUGAUGUCACACUCUGUAUUUAUUUACACUUAGAGAUGACAUAAAUUAAAGCUACAUUGGUCACCCAGCAGUCAAACUACACACACACAUUCAUUAAGCCGCUUUAACUUUAAAUGAAGACAACAGUAAAACUUGAACUUGGAAAUCCAUUAAACUCUGUAACUGGAUAGCUCUUCGGUCUUUUUACUCCAAAUCCCAUCGCUCAGAGACCCGAUCACUCAGGCAUGCACUGUAGACAGGCUCAGCCAGAGUCGUACAAGUUUAGCUAUUGCUGUUUUUAGUGUGCCACAAUUUACUUUCUUUUGUAUUACUAUGUAAUCUCAAAAAAACUAAAAUGUCAGACUUGCAGACUGAGCCCUCAUAGACCUGGCUGGCGUUCUUCAAAGUUCUCAUGUUUGGAGGGGAAGCAUCUGGAGUUUGUAGAGGAGAUUUUUUUGGGGGGGGGGACAGCGCCACACUACUGAGUCAAACGGACGAUCAGCAGAGAGAAGAAAAGCGUCUUUUUGUAAGUAGGUACCGACACCUUGGUGGAAAUAUGCCAUCAACAUGGGACCCAGGGUAAAAAAAAACAAAAUAUCAAAACAGAAACAACAUUAGCCAAACUUGCACUAUAUGCCUCUGGGUUUGUUGUUGACACAUCCUCCACAGAUCCCUCCAUUCUUUUUCCAACAGAGCUACAAAACAGGACGACUUAAUGUUACAACAGCAGUGGCCUUGGCUCAAAACCAGCGGCCACGUCAGCAGCCUUCACACCGUUCAUCAGUUCCACACUGCUCUUAUAUUUGACAAGCGAAAUUGUAUCUCCUCGUUGAUGUUAAUUUUUAUUUUCUGUUUUAAAAGAAAAAUGUGAGAAACGUUGUGGAAAUUCAAAGAUGUCCUCCUUUUUUGUUUGCCCUUCAAACACUGACCUCGCUAUUGUAUUUUUUCUUACUCGAGAAAUCAAGUUGGUUAUAAUUAUAUAUUAUCAUGAUGUUAACGAUGACUGCGAUCACUUAUUUACUCGCUGUACAAGGUGCCCUCCUGCCUGCCUGUGUGUGCAUGAAAGGAGUGAUGACAGUAUGACCGAAUGGAGGAGGAUGUGAUGAAGAUAAUGAUGAUAUCGGGAGUGUGUGUGUUAUUGCUACAAUGUUGAAUGUUUUUUUUCUUUCUUGUCCAUGAGAGAUUCAUGAGAAAUGUGUGUGUGUGUGUGUGUGUGUGUGUGUGUAUGUCUGCGUGUGUGUGCGUGCUCUUGAACACUUAUCUGCUCCAGUCAGGGAAGUGAAUUAAUCUGACCGCUUACAUUUGAGAGAAAGUGUGUGUGUGUGUGUGUGUGUGUGUGUGUGUGUGUGUGUGUGUGUGUGCGUGCGUGAGCGAGUGUGUGUACAUGUGCUCGACUGUUUGGAUAUUGUAAUAGCUAAAAAGUUCAAAAACAUUGGCACUAUUGCAUAAUUAUGUCUCUUAAGUUUUCGUGUAUUUUUUUAGCAGCAUUUCGUUCCUGUUUGUAUUUUUUUUUUUUUUUUGCCAAUUGCAAUAAAUGAAUAUUUUGUUUUUAAGACGAAGUAACCAACUGAAGGCAUUUCUAUUAAAAAAUGCCAAAUCCUACCAUACCAAGCUGAGCUGGAACAGUGUUUUACAGACACGUUAAAGACAUUACCUGUUAUGUUUUACUGUUUUGUUUUUGUUUUGUUAUGUAUCAAUUUAAAUUAAGUCAGUCUUUAUUAUCACUUCUGUUCAGAAUGUUUUCAUUUAUUUCAGAUGUUACAAAAAGGAGAGGAAAUUAAUUUAAAGCAGAAAAGAACAAGAUAAUAAAGGUUGAAUUGAA